UACACCAAGAUUCCUGAACCAGGCUAUAUCAAAGUCCCUGAGCCGGGCUACAGCAAGUUUCCUGAGCCUGGCUACACCAAAGUCCCUGAGCCAGGCUGCACCAAGGUCCCUGAACCAGGCUGCACCAAGGUCCCUGAGCCAGGCUAUACCAAUGACCCUGAGCCGGGCUACACCAAGGUCCCUGAGCCUGAGCCUGGCUACACCAAGAUCCCUGAACCAGGCUACACCAAGGUCCCUGAACCAGGCUACACCAAGGUCCCCGAGCCAGGCUACACCAAGGUCCCCAAGCCAGGCUACACCAAGGUCCCCGAGCCAGGCUACACCAAGGUCCCCGAGCCAG